AAAUAAAGUUGCUUUUGAACAACGAUGGCUGCUGUCUUGUGGAAGGUUACAGGUGUGGCAAAUCAUUUUCGAAAAGUGGUCCCAACAGUUAGGAGGCUAUCUCUGUCAGCAUCAUUAACUCAGGGACGUCCUAGUCCAGUAUGGAAGCUGGGUCGGCUAAACCAUGUUGCCAUUGCUGUGCCAAACCUGGAGAAAGCCACUUCUUUUUACCGUGAUCUGCUUGGAGGCCAUGUCAGUGAAGCUGUGCCUUUGCCAGAUCAUGGUGUUUAUACUGUCUUUGUAGAGCUUGGCAACACCAAACUUGAACUGUUACAUCCGUUGGGGGAGAAGAGCCCAAUUUCAGGGUUUCUGGAGAAGAAUAAAGCAGGAGGAAUGCAUCAUAUCUGUAUUGAGGUGAAUGAUAUUCAUUCAGCAAUAACUGAUCUGAAGGCCAAGAAUAUUCGGAUGCUUUCUUCAGAGCCACGCAUUGGUGCACAUGGGAAGCUGGUGAUGUUCCUUCACCCUAAAGAUUGUGAUGGGGUUCUAGUGGAACUUGAACAAGCCUGAUGUGCUAAGCAGCUCAACAUCGGAGCUGAGAGUAGGGUAUGGAUUAAAGACUUUAGAGAACCGUUUAAUGAUCGAAUGUACAUAAUAUUUUGUACAAGUAUUCAUAUCAUAAAUUAUGAUGAUUUUAGUAGUCUGUAUAGGUGAACUUGAGUUUUAAUUGUGAAGUUUUUUUUCUGUUCUCCAAACGUCUUGUGCUUUCUGUUAUGUCUACAAAAUAAAAUUAUCCACUAGUCA